AUGGCCAGCAAAAGGCGAAAAAUUAACGGGUUUUUGCCGAUUGAUAAACUUGCGGGAGAUGUUGCAAAUACGACAAGCUCUCUUGAUGGCGGCACAGAGAGGGGUCAGCAUGACCAUGGUAAUCGCACUGUGUCAAAACGAUAUAAAGAAUAUAGGAGGACUCCCAAGGUUGUGGAGCAACUAAAACAUAUCUCGGCAGAGGAUUUUUUACCGCUGGCAAAUAGAUCAGCGGACCUACAACCAUCAGAUCUGGAAAAUGAUAGUAUUCAAAACAGCAGUGAUUCUGCCAGGAACGGGAAUCAAGCGACUACGAGACAUGCAUCCGCAAAAAACAGCAUACAGGAAGUGAAAAAUGAUGAAUUUACAAAGGAAGAUGAGCUGGAAGCUAUACAGGGUGAUUCAGAAGAUGAAGGUUUUGAGUCUCUAGAAGGCACCCCACCAUUAAAAAGAACAGUAAAAAUUGGUAAUGGUCUCUUAUCCUCAUCACCGUUUGAUAUUUGGAAAAACAAUUCGAAUCUCGUUGUGACGAAAUUCAACUUAUCUGGGGUGCUGAACACUAUAGACGUUCGAAAAAAAAUUGAGGAGAAAUCCCAAUGCCUCUUGAAGUUUAUUAACGAUGCCAGUGGACCGCGAGUUACUUUCACGCAUAGGAAUUUCGAUAUCAAAAAUGCUCAGGUGGAUUUUCGGAAAGAUUGCGAGUCGGUUAUUUUUGACAAAGAUUAUUCUUGCAUAGGGAUGGUGUUUAAGGAGUUCCGAUUUAUAGAUAUGGAUAAUAAGUUGAAGAUUGGUAGAGUACAGACCAAGUUAAUGGCGUGGAGUAAUAAUACAACAGUGAAGAGCAAUAAGAUCCACAAGAUAAAGAAUAUUCUAUCGAAUAUCAAUAACUUCAAACUCCGAGUUGUCGAUGACAAAAAGUCAUUGAUCAAAACUUUGGAUGAGAUAGCAAUACGGGAAUAUAAAAAUAAAGUAAUUAUGGCUAAUAAUUCGACGAAUGAGGCUUUCGAAAAAUUGAGAAAUAAAAGGCACUUUUGGGAAAAAUCAGAAUUUCAAUCUCUCGGUGUUCAAAAUAGGUUACUGAUAGGUAAAUUAUCUCCAUCAUCCUCUCUAUCGGGUCAAAAGAUACGGAUUCCUACAUUAUCGGAUUCUUCCGAAGAAUCCUCGCCGAGAAGGCCUCAACAGAACACUAUUUCAGGCAUUAACCCACUUAACUUUUACUCUAAACCAACAGAAAAAGUUGAUGCAGGGUUGGGUAGUACCCCAUCCUAUUCCACUCUCAGGAAAUCCCCACGGACAAGAUCAGAAACACCCAAUCUUGUGCAAGGCACUCUCUGGGAUUUAGACAAUGAAAAAAAUCUUGAAGUCCCGGAAACUCUAGAUCCAGCUUUGUCUCAUAAAUUUCCAGAUGGUGCAAGUUAUAUGAUUACCAAUCAAGAUUUCAAAUGUCUUUAUAAUCAUGACUGGAUCAAUGAUAGUAUAUUGGAUUUCUUCACUAAAUUCUAUGCCGAGAAAUCUAUCCAAGAAGAUGUAAUAUCUAGGGGAGAUAUACAUUUGAUGUCGUCAUUUUUCUACACUAAGCUAGUAAGUGACCCAAGCGACUACUACGGUAACGUCAAAAAAUGGGUUGCCAACAGUGAUCUAUUCAGAAAGAAAUAUAUUGUGGUGCCAAUAAAUAUGAACUUUCAUUGGUUUGGGUGUAUAAUUACAGGUCUGGAUUUGAUACUAGAGUUUUUUCAAAACUCCGAUGGAAAAGUCGAUAAGACAAAGCUUUCAAAUGAAAACCGUAUAGAAAAUGAUAAUUAUAGAGAGCACGACAGUGAGGGCCCUCUCCGUAUUAAAAAUGCAUUAAAUUCUUCAGAUACAAAUAAGAAGGCUGUGAGUUUAACAGAAGAUGAGGAAGUUACAUUGAGUACUCCAAUCAUAACCAUACUCACAUUUGAUUCCCUCCGACAAACACAUACACGAGAAAUAGAUCCCAUAAAAGAGUUCCUGAUAGCAUAUGCAAAAGAUAAGUAUGAGAUUAAAUUGGAUAAAGCACUAAUAAAGAUGAAAACUUGUGCAGUACCACAACAACCAAAUAUGAGCGAUUGUGGCGUUCACGUUAUUCUUAACAAUAUGAAAUUUUUUGAAAAUCCCAGAAAGACAAUUGAGGUUUGGAGAUCGACUAAAACAAGAAGUAAGUCUUCUGGUAAAGUUGUAAAUGAAUAUUUUGAGAGGAACAGGCGUGAUUCGGCUCGGAAAUUCUUACGUGAAGUUGUCUGGGAUCUUCAUGCCGAACAAUUAAAAAUUAUGAAACAAAACGGUAAUUAUCCUGCAAAAUAUGCCAAUUGCUUUGAAAAAGUAGGACAAAGUGGUGAUAAUGAGGACGAUGGUGAUUUGGAAAUUAUAGAAGACACCGAAGAUUAUAAGAAGGCACUCGCGAAAGCAGUAAUUCCUGAGACUGGCCGAGGCAACGAAAACCUUACAAAAGGCUCUUCUGAGCUACCGGACAGUCCUCAGAAGGUUAACGAUGUUGCUGCAUCUUCUCUUGAUGAGCCAAAAAAAAUUUCUCCUGCUCAAGCACGACCUACUGACGAGAGAUCAACUAUCCGAGCGUUGGAGGGAGAGCCAGUAGAUACAAUAAGCUCCGAAUCAUACAGUCUUGAAAGGCCGCCCAUUGGGAAUGUCAGUCUUGAGUCUCCUCGAAAUUUCCUGGAGAGCUCUCCGAUCAGGAAAGGUGGUAGACAUACAGCUUCAGAUUCGACUUCUCCAUACUUCGGUGAUUCUUCCUUAAAAUCAAGGGCCGAAACAUUUGAUACGGAAAGCUUGUCCUCUACAAAAGUAUUAAUAGCGAAUGACUGCUUGAUGGAUGAAAAUCAAAAGGAUACCAAAAGUGGAUCUCCUCUUCUCUCAGACCUUAAUUCGUUGAAAAGACAAGAACCAGACCAGGAUGAAGACAGAGUUUCCGCCACUAUUGACCUUUUGUUGUCCCCCUGUCGCCAAAAGAAGUACAUUCUCUCUGGUAUUGAACGAGAUGACGACGUUAACCUUCUUGGAACUCUCAAGAGCCAAUCCAGCUUGACACGGGUGAAAAGAGAUGUAGGAGGAGAGCCUAAUAAAUCAAUAGAUUUGAGAAACGCGGAAGAGAGUACCGCAGGCCUGAACAGAUGGAAAUAUAGCGAACAGAAACCUUCCAAGCCUUACCUUGCUGCUACAGAAUCAGAUAGAUUAUCAUUUGUUUCUGGAAUGGCGGAUUCAAAGCACGACAUCCAGACAAUAUAUAGUGACGAUGAUAUGAAAGAAGUGAGGUAA